AUGGCGCUGUCGCCGUUGCCGAAUGCGAAAGCUGCGGCUGGUUCUGCAAAGGCGAGUAAGGAGAAGAGCACACUCGGUGCCCCACGCAGUCGUAACGGUCAGACCAAGAAUCGUUCACUGCCCAAGAAAGCAGCGCCGUCCGUGGUGCCGAAGGGAAAGAAGACCGCUGGCUUCCGGACUAAUGGCCAGCUUCGUAUCGAGCCAACUUCUCUGAAGUCACGAGUAACUCUCGAUGAUCUUGCUGAGGGUACGCAAGCCGCGCCCAUCUGCAUCGACAACGAUGGCGAUGAUAACAUCGGGAUCGCCCAACAUCAAAAGAGCUCGGUUUCGGUCAACAACGACGUAAAGAGUCAACAGAGUCUCGUAAGAGCGUUUACGCCUCUCUCCGUGAUCGACCAAAAUCGCGGAACCGAAGUUCCGUCUCUUCCCACAUCUGCACCCCAAGGCGCCGAGCUGAAUGAAGACGUGCCUUCCGGCGCUUCUCGCGGCAGCAGCCCCAUCGAGAUUACCAGCGAAGAUGACGAGCAAGCCUCGGACACGGAGCCUUCUUCCCCCAUCGAUGGGUAUAAGUCUCCGCGGAGAAAGUGCUUGGUCAAAACAGGGCGCUACAGGGCUUUUCGCACGGGUCUGUACACGUUGUUCGCGAUUACGAAACCGAAGGCGCGACAGAUACCGUUCGACAAAGUCCUCAGAGUCAUCAACAACAACCUUUCAGUCGAAAAGCAGUUCUCUCCUCUGGAAGCAAAGCAGGUCCUCAAAUAUAUGAGGGAGAAAUUGUUCGACUCGCUGUGCGCCGAUCGGGUAGUGGACGUGAAUCUGGAGGGGAUCAAGUUGUAUGCGUAA